AUGGGCGAGCAAGUUCAAAGAAUGGAUUCUUUUCGGCUAUUGUUGAACGAUAUUAGCCACCAACUAACGGAGCAAAACCUACAAAGUCUUAUUCAUAUUUUCAACGUGCCAGGCGGGGUAAGAAAACAGAUAAACGACGGGCUAGCGUUGUUCGGCUAUAUGAUUACACAAGAUUACAUCAGCCGUGAAAAAAUCGGAAAUCUUCGCGAUUUAAUUCGAAAGUUAAGACCGCGCAGGAAAGAUUUAGUUCGCCUGGUGGAUAACUACAUCAAAAAGGAAUUUCAAACCGAUGAGGUUCGCUCAGUUAUCGGCGAUUACAGUGAUUCUUGGGAACACGUUAUCCCUGAAAGUUCAGUCACUGUACAGGAAGAAACGGCUGUAUGUAAAAUCGAUUGUGCGUAUUUAAAUUGCGUUUGUCGUAGAGUGCCUUCGUGCUACGUACCAAUAAUAGUAUUGUUAGUUAUAACCAUAAUUGCCACCGCGGUGUGUUGGUAUGCAGAUGUCCCCAAAAUCAGCAAAUCCAUCAAAUCCAACCCGAAUCUCAAGAGAGCAGGGGUGUAUAUUCUCAUAGCAGAGGCUUUGGCACUUCUGGUUGUCAUCAUCCUCCGCAUCUGGCCUUCCUGCCUGGCUUUCCGAAAACCAAACUAUACUGUGUUGGCUAACCCGGGUGUCAAAGAAGGGCCAAGCCGGCAAAUUAUUAACUCUGCAAGUGCCGGUCAAUUACAAGGAGUGGUGAGUGCUCCCAGGCCCUAUAGAAUCAGUGGGUCAGAAAGUGCUGUGUUCAGUAGUUAUACCUCCGGGGAAAAUUCCUGCACACAGUGGUUCACUGGUGAACCAGGUACAUCGGAUAGUGUGCAUGAGCAAGACAUAUCUAAACAUGAGACACAGGCUAAAUAAUCUGUGUACUUUUUGCUGGUACCAUAUGACCUUUCCAAGCCCAAGGGCAAGGUAUUCAAUACCGUAAUUUAGUCUGAGAUGUCUUGGCAGGAAACCUGAUUGGACUGAUGGCACUAAGAAAUGUUGGAGUCAAUUGUUUGUAUAUAUGCAAUUGCCAAUUGUGCUUCUUUUUCUACCGCAUAGUUUGAGCAUACUUUUCAGAAACCUGUACUUUAUAAACCUUGAGUUUAUACUAGCGCAAGUACGCGGCAACAACCAUUGGCGUUCCAGUCAGGUACAAGCAAUAAUCUUGGAUGAUCACAUGCUGGUACCUGACAAUAUUGUGGUGUUGGAGUAGUUGUUGCUAGAGUUAGAAGUACUCCAGGUGCCUCCUGUAGGGGUACUAGGUAGUAUUCUUGGGUUUCAUAUGACGUCACAAAAGUGGUGACGGGGGGUCAACUCCAAAACAAAACACAGUUAUCAGAGUGAGUCGAUUGUCUGGUUUAUAUAUUAAGCCUUGUGUUUAGUGGCAAAUACGUGGAAUUUCGCAUUAUUUUCUCACUCCAGUACAGCAUAAACAUCAAUACAUUUGAGGUUGCAUGACCCCCCAUCAGAUUCACUGCAUAAUGGAGUGGCGAAACCCAAUAGUUAUAAAACUCAUUAAUAAUUCAUGAAGAAAAUUCGCAUCCAAUCUUUAUCUGAUAUACAAACUCUCGCCAUGAGAUAAAGAUCAGCUGCUCAUGUUUUAUUUAGUACAUAAUACUAUAGUAGUUCAAUACAACUGAUAGAGUUAUAAUUUCCACCUGUGGUGACACUGAGAGAGAGAGCAAUUUACCGACCCUAGCUAGUGCAUGUUAUCAUAGCACGAUGAGUUGCCGUAGCUAGCUAAAUACUUAGUUGUAUAAAUGCAUGAAGUUAGUUGUUAGUUUUUUGCUAUUUGAUGUUAACGUAUUGUUCUUGGGUUCGCAGUAAUUGGCCAAUCGCGGUUGCGAAUACCCUGCCAUAUUGUCCAUUUAGUUAAUUCGUUAAAUUAUUACUUUGUAAUAACUGUUAAGACUAUUUGGUGAAGUUAAUAAAUUUUAAAAAAAAGUCUGAAUAAAUUACAGUCUGAAUAAAUUCCUCUCGAAAUGUUUCCAUCUUGUAUUGAUAUUUGAGAUCAACACGCAAGGACGUAGAGAAGCAUCUGAAGUUGGGGGGGGGGGUCGGUCCAGGACUGCAUUUCUGGCGUUUUCCAAAGAAAAUUCGCAAACGAAUUGCAUCUAAAGUGACUGUAUUUCACAAAAAUGGUUAUCAUUUCGCAAAAAUUACGAUUUUGUUACGCAAAUUUUACCUGAAAAUGUCAAAAUUUAAACUUGAAUUUUACCUUUCACCUGAGUUUCACAGUUGGAGGCGGGGGGUUACACCCCCACACACACCGGUCGCUACGUCCAUGUCAAUACUAUAGAGACCUCAGCCUAGUCUCAGUCGUUCUGAAGCAAGCGCGAGAGAAAAAAAAACGUGGAUGUAGUACGAGACUGGGACCUAGGUGUGACGUCACCGCUAAAGGUGCUUCAGAACGCCUAGCAGAUUUCAGUAUUUUUAAUAUGGCGGAAAAUUUAUAACCUUGUAAAUACGACAAUGUUCGUUGCUCAUGUUCGAUGUCUACAUAACCAAAUUCGAACUGUAUUAAAAAUGUGCUCAAUUAAAAAAAAUACAUACAAAUUUACGAUACUGAGUCUGAGCAAUGGUCGCAUAAUCGUUGAUGUUAUUUAUAUACUCGCAAGUUGUGAUCAACACUAUAGAUCAUACUGGUAUACACAACUACGCUUUCUACUUGACAGGUUUAAGUAGCUGAGGAGAUUGGAAAUAUUUGCCUGACAUGACUGUGUUGUCAAAACAUUUUUAGUCGGAGACUCGGCAUAAAUUUCAAGCUUCCAGGUAGCAUUUAAUAUGGCUUUAUAUUUUAGUAAACACGAUUCAUAUUGAGCGCGUUAUUCCAUUCUGACCGUAUGGGAGCGAAACGUAGCCUAUUUGAUUGUUCCGACAGCAUUAGAGCAAAACUAAUUACUUAAUUAUAAACGCUAAGGAAAUUUCCAUAACAUUUUCUAUUUACAAAUGCAGUAUGCUUGGUAACCAGGCCAGGGACCACAUUUUUGAAAUCAGGGACCAUUUUACCGAAAUCUGCCAGGCUCUCUCGCUGAAGCGUUCCACACAGCCACCCAAGCAUAAUUAAGACUUAUUUAAAUAUAUCAAAGCAGCGAAUAGAGAGAGAGAGCCUGGGACUAGGCUGUAGAGACCUUACGAUUUUAGAACGACAACGCGACGACGACGGCCAAAACAAACUCCUUCAAAUAAAUGGUAGUAAAGAUAAUUCGUCGUACAUCAAUCGUAUGAAAUUAGUACAGUCUUAGAAGUUGAAGACAUGGGUUUUAUGGUUGGGAAGAGUUCUCCUGAACCCAGUUUGAAGUUGCACUUGUUGCGGCUUGAAAUGCAGCCGUUGUAUCACUGAAGACGUGAAAAUCUGUGAUUUGGUGUUGUAAACAGAGCGAAGACAAUGUCUAAAUUAUUCAUAUGUUGUAAUUUUUCAAUUAUUUUCAAUGAUCUAUUGUAUUGGUAGCCGUUGCCGUCCUAAAAUCGUAUAAAGUCUCUAAUACCAUAGUUGCCUCGAAAUCCUUUGUCUCGCGAGGUACAAUUAAUCACUAAUUUACCUCAUUACCCAUGCAUACGCUUUGUCUUCUAAAUUUCCCUCAUCAAGCAUGCAAGGGAAAAUUAGAAGACAAAGAAAUCCUUUGUUUUCGGCUAAAUCCUUACUAAACCUCUCUCGGCUUUCGGGUACAUUUAAUCACUAAUCGCCCUGACUGCCAUGCUAUUACUUAUAAUAAUACGAGAUGACAGAAUUUAGCGAGCUAUGAAGUGAUGUCCAUGGCUAACUCCGAAUUCAAAAACGUCAAAUUUUGCUUCAAAACUGCCUCAAUAAGUCUUUCUUCAAAGUAAUUUUAAAAUCCUGCAUGCAUUGACCAUAACUAAGAGGGGUAUGAAGAGUCUGACCUCUCCCAUAUGACCUCCCAUAAUCUCACUCCCGAUGUCGUUUAUGUACUAUUUAAAACACGAGAAGGAGUGUUUUAUCAUCAUCACAGAUCCCGGAAACCAAUCCAAAAUACUCCUACUUCACCUUCCCAGAUAUUGGCCGACAUAGGUCAUAUUUCAUGCUAGAACACAUCUUUGAGAGAAUAUUUACCAGGAAAAUGAAACACUUUCCUAUGAAUUAUCAGUGUACGGUAACUGUUCAGAAAUCAUCGUUUAGACUUUUGAACACUUGAAUUUGACAAAACUUGGUAUAUGCGGUGAUUUAGAGAUUCAAUAAGAAUUCAUCAUGGUCAACAUUGCGUUUGUUUACAAAUGCGGAUCAAUUGUGAAACAGGAAGUCUUGAAAAUAUUGCUCGUUGUAGUGUUUCUGACUCUGGGUGAGUUCUGUUAUCAACAUUAUUAGCGACGGUUUGUCAGUGAUAUGGUAGCACAAUAGUUGUGACAGGACAUUUGUCUUUCAUUUCUGUAACCGGACUCGAAGUUCAUAAUUUCGACUUCUUCUAGUUGGGGGAAUGGAUCUAAUGACCAAUGACCAAUACAAUAGAUCAUUGAAAAGUAUUAAGUAAUUACUAUAUAUGAAUAAUUUAGGGCCUGUUCAUAUGGGCAAAAGUUAUCCCGGUUAACGAGAAAACUUUUCGACUAGCCAAAUACUUUUGUUCUGUUCAUAUGGAGAAACUUUAUCCCGCUUACCGGGUAAAGUUUUCGGCUGUGACGUGGCACUGAACAUGAAGUGUUGACACGACAGAAAGUUAUCCCGCUAAGCGGGAAAGUUGUGUUCAUAUGGGAAAAACAUCCCGGUCACCGAGAUCUCGCCUGUCAACAAGCGAGAUCUCGGUACACGGGAAAACUUUUUGCCUCAUAUGAACGCAGUGUAACUUUUCAUAUUAUUUUCAUACCAAGGCGAGAUCUCGCUUGUAAACUUGUCUAAACGUUUUCCCGCUAACCGGGAUAACUUUUGCCCAUAUGAACAGGCCCUUAGACAUUGUCCUCGCUCUGUUUACAACGCCAAAUCACAGAUUUUCACGUCUUGAUACAACGGCUGCAUUCCAAGCCACAACAAGUGCAACUUCAAACCAACUCUUCCCAACCAUAAAACCUAUGUGUUCAACUUCUAAGACCUUUAUGAAAUUCAUACAAUUGAUCAUAUACGACGAAUUAUCUUUACUACCAUUUAUCCAAAGGAGUUUGUUUUGGCCGUCGUCGUCGCGUUGCCGUCCUAAAAUCGUAAGGUCUCUAAUAUCUAAAGUGUCAACUUCAAAAAUCAUCAAGCCAGUUAUCACAGCCUGACUGCGUUGACGUACUUCCACAAAAAUAAAAUCUCUAUGUAACAACUCAUUAAAAUGCAUUCUUUUAAUUCCAGCCUCCGGGAACAUUAAUCUCUACGUCUCAAAAUCUCGUGGUCACGAUGGCGCGAACUCUUGUCAAAACGUCACCUCACCAUGUCAAACCUUAAAUCACGUGAUCAAUAUGUCGAGCGGAAAUGACGUCAUCAUUAAACUGGACGCUAAGAACACCGAAAAUGUACCAUACAAUACAUGUGUAAAUACAACGAGGGCAAUUACUGGAAAACUACGUUUCUAUUCUUGGAAUGGAAGAGCAACCAUAAACUGCUCUGGAAAAGGACUAAAUUUUGAAGGCAAUUCGAUCAAUUUCACAACCAUUGAAUUUCACCAUUUACAAUUUCUUGACACUUUUUUGAAAGCUGACGAUGUUUCCUUAACUGUUAAUAAUUGUUUAUUCGGUUCCUUUGAAAAAGACACAGCGUUUCCCAACCUUAUCGAUGUCUCAGUAACAAAGCACGUACUGGGUAAUCUGAGAAUUAAUAUUACCAGUACAAAUUUCUUAGAAAAGAAUAAUGCUGGUUCUUUAAGCGUUGUUAACAAUCAAACAGUUCCAGUUUUCGUAGAAAUCAGGAACAUCACCGUUGCCAAUAAUUAUUUGGAAAAGACAAAUCAUGUUAUCUCUAUGCAAGGAUUUGUAAACUUUAAUUUCAUGAAUUCUGAGAUUUCGAAUACGAAGUUCUCGGAAAAAGGAUCUAUUCUUAAUCUUGGAUAUUUGGUUAUCUUUCAGUCCAGUUUAUCUGUCAAGAACAAUUUAACCUUUUUUGUUAUAAAUUGCAAUUUUUCUCAUAACGACGCAAAGGCAUUGUAUAUUUUGACAUUGUCAAGUAGCAUGAUAACUAUAAGAAACUCUGUGAUUCAGUUUAGUAAUUCAAAUCAGACGGCUCAUAUUUUGGCGGAAUUUUCCGACCUAAACGAUCCAUGGCUCGGCGCUGGUCAACAGGAUAGCCUUAACAGGCCUUUAAAGUGGAAAAGGAAAUCUGAAAAGUUGAGGAGGGGUGGACCUCCAGAAUUAAAGGAAGGUGCUCUUCUCAAGGGAAACAUGAGUGGAUCAAAAGAGUGUGGUCUUUCUGUAAAUUGCAAAAUGAGUCAACUCUUGGAUGCCAAUGUGGAUAAACAUGUUAAAACGAAAAGCACAUCUCCAAGGGGCAGACCUCUGCAGCCAAGUCUUAAUUCCAAGCGAGGUGGAUCCCAGAAACCAGAUCUAAGUUCCGAAAAAGAUGAACCCAUAGUGUUAACUCUAAGUUCCAAGAAGGCUGCAUCCCUAGAGUCAAACAGGACCAGGGUUUUCAAAACGAAGAACGAAUCUCUGGACACAGAAAAUAGUAGACUUCGGGAAAUGGAUGGAUUUUUAAACUUGGACAAUAAUAAACCAAGCAAAAACGGAGAAGGCUUCGAUUCCAAGAAGAAUGGGGCCUUAAAGUCAAAGGUUACUGGGGAUUUGAAAACAGGCACUAAAGCUCUGGGUUCUGAGAAUAGUGGAUCACUGAAAAGGGAUAGAUCUUUACUGAUGGGUGAUAAUAAAGCAUUCGAGUCAACCAAAAAAGGGCAUGGCUUUGAUCCAAAGAGGGGUCAGUCACCUCUCGAGUAUGGAGAAACAUUUGACUCAGGUUUGUUUAUUGAAGAUUGUGAGUUUCAUAAUAACAUAGGAACUUACUCAACUAUUUUAGCAGUGAACCUUGCUCACCUGCACAUACAAAGGUGUGUAUUUGUAGGCAACAUAGCUGACUUCGCUGGAGCCUUACUUGUCGGGGGUAAAAUUGAAUGUAACAUUACCGAUUCCACAUUCCGUAAUAACAGUGGUAGAAAUGGGCCUGGUGCAAUCACAGGGUUGAAUUCUAAUAUAUUUAUCAAAAACUGCACAUUGGACAGUAAUAAUGGUGGUAACAUUACGGACGUCCAGGCUACAGGCAGUAUAAGUCUGACUUAUGGAAACUCUUUUAUACAAGAUUCUCGGAUAAUCCAACGUCAUACAGUCCAUGAAACCUCGAACAAUGGGAAAUUUCAUGGCACUCUUGGCCUAUCAAGUGAUCAAUGUGAUUCUGUUAUUUUGUCCAAUUCCACACUAGAUUACCAAUGGUCACCAUCUUUAGAGAAAGUGAUAGUAAUAGAGAUAGCACACACAGACAAAUUUCAGUUGGAACAAGGUACAUCCAUACAAUGUCCUUGGGGUUAUAAAAUCAGACGCUUGAUGAAGCGCUCAGUUUCAAUUACAUCAGCUGUACAGAGUUUUGAAUUUGAAUGUGAACUUUGUACCAUGGGUAGUUACACCAUAGACCGCGGGGUGUAUAGGUAAGAAUAUUUAUUAUCUUAUUUUACCAUACAAUACCAUACCAUAGCUUUUCAUACCUACUUUACCUAACCUCACCACACCACACCUAACCGUAUUGUACCUCACCAUACCAUACCUUGCCAAAACACACCAUACCAUACUUUACCAUACCUUACCAUACCUAUUUAGCAGCUAGCACACCAUAUCGUACCACACCAGAUACUUACCACAGCAAGCCUAACCAUAUCACACCAUACCAUUAAUACCAUACCAUACCAUACCAUACCAUACCAUACCAUACCAUACCAUACCAUACCAUACCAUACCAUACCAUACCAUACCAUACCAUGGAAUUAGGACAAAGGGGCGAUCCAUAGGUGUAAAUAAAUGUAUAAAAAUCUCACUCAAAAUUUCCAUCUACAAAAUCCUUCAACAUUAAUUACUCAGUGAGUGCCGGAUGGCUAAAAAUCCCCAUAUAAUCUACUCCUAUCUCAUUGCAUUCCUAGAAAUAGCACAAGUAACUCGUUGAAAUGUCUGCUGUGUCCGUUUGGAGGAAGAUGUGCUAAAGGUCUCGAAGUGUUACCAAACUUUUGGGGAUACAAAAUCCAGAUGAACCCACCAACAAUAGAGUUUUCGCGCUGCCCAGUCGGCUACUGUUGUCAGGCAUCGUCCCCACGGAAAGGCUGUGUUCCAUACGACAAAUGCAACACUGCCCGACACGGCAGGCUCUGUGGUACAUGCAUGCCAGGUUACACUGAAACAAUCUUCACACCAUCGUGUCGAAAAUCAGAAAAAUGCAAGGAUUACUGGUUUUGGCCUAUGGCAGUAAUCUUUGUGCUAGGCUUCACCCUUUAUCUUAUCAUCCAACCAGAUAUCCCUGCCAUUCUUUACCGUGGUAUCACCUGGUUUCGAUCAAGCCCACCCCAAGUGACUGAACUCACCUCAACCCGAACUCACCCCGAGGACGUCUCAAAAGAAACCUCAAUAUCAGGCUUAGAACGAAUUAUCUUCUUCUAUUACCAAGCUAUAGACAUCCUAACAGUGCAAGGGUCCUACAAUGCAAUUUGGGAUAGUCAUCUAACCCAAUUUACAGUAGGAUUAUUCAACUUUGAUGUGCGUUUGAACCGUAAAGGCUUUGCCUGCCCAUUUCCAGGCUUGAAUCCUGUAUCAAAGCUGUUAUUCCAUACUUUAGGCGUUUUCUCAGUUCUCUUUGCCAUUCCAUGUAUUUUCCUUCUACAGAAAACAAUGUCGGUAUGUUUUCCUAGUUGGACUCCAAAAAACAGUCUCUAUCUAUCAGCCUUUCUUAAAAGCGUGUUUCUCGGUUAUACUGUACUUGCUCGGAAAAGCUUAACUCUGCUAAACUGUGUGACUGUUGAUGGUGUCAACUGUUUGUUUGUCAACUGUAAUAUAGAAUGCUAUACUUGGUGGCAGACGCUUAUAGGGACACUGGUUCUGAUAUAUUUCUUUCCAUUUGUAUUGGUCAUAUUCUUCGGAGCUAAGAAAUUCUACAAAAAGCAAAUCUCUGUGGCUAAUUUUUUCCUUGCCUGCUUAUUUCCGUUGCCUAUGUUGUCGUAUUGGUUCUUAAACCGGCGUCAUCUUGCUGGAAAUGCUGCACCGGAUACGGGUGGCCGAACGGCUAUAACCUCGGUUCUGUUUGGCUCAUACCGUAUUCCAGAUCAUAUCAGCGCUGGCACCAUUUAUUGGGAAAGCGUUUUGAUUGGUCGAAUGCUUGUUCUAAUCCUCGCCGCUGUUUUGAUUAAAGAUCCGUUCCUAAAAUCGCUUACUUUACUACUUUUCUGCAUCAUCAAUCUAUCGCUGCAUAUAUAUAUGCAACCCUAUGAGCGUGUUUUCGAUAACCGUGCUGAAACUACAUCAUUAUUCUGCCUGGUGCUGAUGGCAAUGUUUAAUCUUCCUUUCAUGGCGUACCUCUCUGAAGGGGUUGAGCCCACAGGCCCGAUGUCACAUAUUAUGGAUGGUUUCAAGUGGUGUCAAGUUGCACUUGUUGGCUUUCUCCCAGCAGUCUGCAUUCUGCUAGUGUUUGUUGCCGUUGUUUCACAGGUUGCGAGACUAGUGUUUCUUCUUACAAAAGGUGUUCGUUUGGCGUGCACUUGUCUCACUUCUUGUCGUUUCUUUGGUGAGAGCCGGACCCAUGGUGAACUCAAUGAUCCAUUAAUGGAGUAG